AAGAACUAGCCCUCUGAGCUCCUGCCGCACCUGAUGAUGAACUCCGUGUACCCGCCGAACCACUACGGCUACAGCGGCGGCAGCGGCGGGCCCGGCGGUGGUGGUGGCGGUGGCGGCAGUGGCGCUGGUGGCAACGUCGGCGGUGGCGGAGGCGGCGGCGGCGGGGGUGGGUUCCCCGGCGCGCCGCGGGGCUCCGCCGGCCCGCAGAGUCCUAUGCUGAGCGCCGGCAAGAUGGCGCUGACGAUGAACAUGAGCCAGGUGAACAUGAUGAGCCGGCUGGGCCCUCUGGGAGGCGGUCCGGGCGCUGCCGACGAGAGCGAGCCCAAGGUGUGCGCCGGCUGCGGCCAGCGCAUCGUGGAGAAGACGAUGCUCCACUCGAUGGAGCGCUUCUGGCACGAGGCGUGUCUGCGCUGCACCUGCUGCGGCACCAACCUGGCCGACAGCGCCUCCUGCUUCAUCAAGUCAGGCAUGAUCCUCUGCAAGCCGGACUACGUCAGGAUGUUCGGCCACUGCGGAGUGUGCGCCGCCUGCGGCCAGGGUAUCCCGGCUUCAGAGUUUGUUAUGCGGAUCGGCGGCGGCCUCGUCUACCACAUCCGCUGCUUCUCGUGCUCCAAGUGCCACGCGGCACUGUCCCGCGGCGACCGUUACCUGCUGGUCAACGGCGCCCCCGUCUGCGAGCAGGACGCCAACAAACUCUUCCCGCCCGUCAAAAAGGGCAAGGUUGGCAGGCCGCGGCGACAACGCGACUAGCCAGAUACAUUUGUGUGUUGGGCUGCGCGGCUCUUUCAGCAUGCCAUAGUCGACGCGCCGGUCAGCGGCGGCGGCGGCCCGGCGCACCUGCGACACGGCACACCCGUCCCUUACACGCCGCGGCGCGGGACGCCACUCUUUGUUGCUCAAUGGGGGUCUGCGUCACCAAGUACUGACCGUGUUUAGUUUGUUGGGUGCAUUGGUGGUGCACGCCGUCGCGCCGGUGUAAAUCGUGCGAUCGAAGCUCGCUGUGUGACCCAGUCACCGCGGGCGCCGCGGCACCGAGCAUUCGGCGCCGGUGGUCGGCAUGCCUGCUGGUACUGCGGACCAGGUCUAGUGGCCCCUGAUCACACCGCACCACGCCUGUCCGGCUGGGGUUGUGCUCCGUUCGUCGGAAAAAAAUUUGUUAGGAAAGUGUAAGACAACAGUGACAAGCUGCCCCAUUUGGGACUUGAUCGGGAUGACCCUUUUCUGUCGUCUGUCAAAUGAUGUCGUUUUAAAGAAUUGCUACUGUUUUCCCCCUUCUCUACCUGAACUAUAGCAAUCACUUUGUGUCUCUGUGCCAGAGUUAUGCGUUUUAUCAGAGAGAGGGGUUAUUUUUAACCAAGACAAAGGCUUUGGGGCGGUACAUGCGCCAGUCCAGCCGGGCGCACAUGUGGCGUGCACCCAUCUGACCUCGACGUGAGGGGACCCCACUUAUCUUCCCCACCGGCGGGAGUCGCUCAAUCGCAACACGCGCGCCUCUCUUGAUCUGGGCCCGGGCUGACCGCUGAUGCGCGAAUCCCUGCAAGGAUCGCACAGCCCCAGCUGGCCCCAGCACGGAGGGAGAGAGAGAGAGAGCAAUAAGGAUGGCCCCAGGCCUCAGAACAUUCCACCAAGUAACGGCUACAUUCCGAGGUUUUUGCGGGUGGUCGCUGUGUGAGCACCUGGGCUCCACGUUUAUCAGUGUGUUGUUUACAUUGUGCUCGCGCUCGGGUGUGUGCGUGUGUGUGUUCGAGUGCGCCCGCUUGGUGUGCUCGGUGUUCCCCGGGACCUGACGUCGCGCUUGCCACUGCUCCAGCGUUUUGUGGGGUUUCCGCUUGUUUUGGAGCUUGUCAGCCACUUCUGUGGCGGGAGCUUAUGGUGAAUUUAGCACGUGGCUGCAAGGCGAAGGGCAAUUAGAGACUGCAGUUUGCACAGGCCACAUUCAUUUCAUGACAAUUAGUGUAACGUGCGGCAUUUUAAAACAGCUGGGAUCUGAAACGCGAGUGCCAUCAAGAGGAUGUUUUGCUUCGCUGUUUUGCUUUGUAUAAUGUGUGACGUUUUAGUAGUGCAGGCUAUUCGUACAAUCCCGAAUCUCUGGCGACCACUGAACGGCAACUGUAUCCGAGACUCCUCAGCACAGAGAACCACCUGCGUUUGUUGAUGACAUUCUUGUUGAUGUAUUUGACGCGGGUUGUACGGCAGUAUUAGUAAGGCCCACUUAAAUAAAUGUGUGGACAUCAGUAUCCCUAAAUUGUUUCAGAACAGUAAUAAACAAUGCGGCCAUUG